AUGAGCUCGACUAUUGCAUUACAAUUAGAAGAGAACGGCAAUGCUGAAGAUAAAUAUGGUAUGACACAUGUCUGUCGUGCUAUAAAAAGUGGUAACAAAGAUCUUGUUCUUGCUUACAUAAAACAAGGUCUCGAUAUGAAUUAUAAAAAUUCAGUUGAUGGUGUAACAGCAUUUAUUCGUGCAUGUAACUCAGAAAAUAUUGAUAUGGUUCAAUUUCUUAUCGAUCACGUCAAAAAUCUCAAUGUUAAUUUAACCGAUAGAAAUGGUAAUUCAGCACUUUAUUAUUCAUGUCAAUAUGGUCAUAAUGAAAUUGUCCAUUUGAUUCUUGAAAAAACGAAACCUAAAGUUACAUUGAGUACUAUCGAAAAGGCAUUGCCAAUGAUGAAAGAUAGUGUUAUGAAAGAACUUAUUGAUCAUUAUAUAGCUGACAUGAACAACAAUCCAGGAGAACUUGUCAAUGUUAUUGCAAAAGGACCUGCAUCACUUGCUCUUUUACAAUAUGUAUCCGCCAAAACUAGUGAUAGAUGUAAUGUUCUUGAUGAAAGUAUCUUUCUUUCGGCAUGUCAGUCACAUGGUAACAUCGAAAUGAUUACUUGGCUAUUAAACGACCGCGGAUAUCAGUCAGUAAUCAAUACAUGUACUGAUUCUGAUGGUCGCACAGGACUUAUGCUUGCAGUUCUGCGACAUGCGGAGUCCGUUGUAGAACUACUACUAGCACAUGGAGCUAAUCCAUAUAUAAAAGAUCGUGGUAAUAUGAAUGCUAUCGAUUUGGCCAACACAAGUUAUGAUGACGGGGCCGAUUACAUGCGCAUACGAGAUCCACCUGAUGAAGUUGUCAGAAUUAUUAAUCUUCUUACUAAAUAUGAAAAUCAUCAGAACUAA